UGCUGUCCAGAUUAAGGCUUAGGGGAGGACGGAUCCGUAAAUAGGUGGUGAGGUGAGGGUAUGUUUGCAAUAAACAUUGCCAUUGACACAGUCAUACAUUGUCUGUGGGAAGCGCAGUGUUUCAACGGAAUGAAGUGUGCUACAAUGCGCCGUCUCCAGCGGAAGCGCCACUCUUCUCUCUUUCUCUCUGUCUUCCUGGUCUUGCGCUAUGCCCUGAGGAAACGGUCACACGGAGAUUGCGAACAAGCUAGAGAUGGGGACAGAAGGGUCACGGAAUUUGGAAUUCGGACACAAUGGCGAAUCAAGAAACUCAGCAGGGCCGUCCCCGGCAACAACGCCGGUCCAAGGAUCGACCGGUGGUCCCGGCUAGGGUUCCGUUGAGGCUGUUGCUUCGGGUAGCGUCGGUUGCCGGAGGCAUUCAGUUUGGGUGGGCAUUGCAGCUCUCGCUUCUGACGCCGUACGUGCAGCAGUUGGGGAUCCCGCACGUGUGGGCCAGCAUCAUAUGGCUCUGUGGGCCGCUCUCUGGGCUGCUGGUCCAGCCCCUCGUGGGCCACUUGAGCGACCGCUGCACCAGCCGGUUCGGCCGCCGGAGACCGUUUAUCUUGGGCGGAGCAUUGGCGAUCAUCGCUGCUGUUCUGGUCAUCGGUCACUCCGCGGACAUCGGGUGGUGGUUCGGCGACACGCCCCAUCAUCGCCCCUGGGCUGUGGGCGUUUUCGUUUUCGGGUUUUGGAUUUUGGACGUGGCUAACAACGUCACUCAGGGGCCCUGCAGAGCUUUGCUUGGUGAUCUCACUGGUAAGGAUCACCGAAGGACUCGUGUUGCAAAUGCUUAUUUCUCCCUGUUUAUGGCUAUUGGUAAUAUUCUUGGAUAUGCAGCUGGGUCAUACAGUGGUUGGUACAGGGUCUUUCCUUUCACCAUGACCCCUGCAUGCAAUAUUAGUUGUGCAAAUCUCAAGUCUGCUUUCUAUCUUGAUGUUGGUUUCAUCGCUGUCACCACUUAUAUAAGCAUCAUGGCAGCUCAUGAAGUGCCUCUGAGUUCUAGUAGGGCACAACCUGUUGAAGCAGCAGCAGGGGAAUCGGGUGUUGCUGGAGAAGCUUUUCUGUGGGAGUUAUUCGGGACAGUCAGAUAUUUUUCAACCCCAGUAUGGACAAUACUAUCUGCUACUGCCUUAACUUGGAUUGGAUGGUUUCCAUUUCUCCUUUUUGAUACUGAUUGGAUGGGCCGAGAGAUUUAUGGUGGUGAACCAAAUGAAGGCCCUAAUUAUGAUAUUGGAGUUAGAAUGGGGGCAAUGGGCUUACUGCUUAAUUCAGUUGUUCUUGGAAUAACAUCUGUACUCAUGGAGAGGUUAUGCAGGAACCGGGGGGCUGGGUUUGUGUGGGGAAUCUCAAAUAUCUUGAUGGCUGUCUGCUUUGUUGCAAUGCUUAUUGUAACCUAUCUGGCAAAUAGAAUUGGCUAUAUAGGCAAAGAACUACCACCAACUGGCAUUGUGAUAGCUGCAUUGACAAUCUUUACCGUUCUUGGGUUUCCACUUGCAAUCACUUACAGCGUUCCAUAUGCCUUAAUUUCCACACAUACUCAGUCAUUGGGGCUUGGCCAAGGAUUGUCAAUGGGGGUCCUAAAUCUUGCAAUAGUGCUCCCGCAGAUGGUGGUGUCCCUGGGAAGUGGACCGUGGGAUCAGCUAUUUGGUGGAGGAAACUCUCCGGCCUUUGCUGUGGCAGCUGUUGCAGCCCUUCUCAGUGGAUUCAUAGGUAUCUUGGCUAUUCCCCGAUCUGGCGGUCAAAAGUCUACAAGCCAAGCAUGAGGUAUCAUGUUCUUUCUACAUUUGACACGGAUUUCUUUUGAAAGAGGGAUGAGGAAAAUGGACAGGUAGCAAUAAUUUGUAAAUAGUUAUGUGUUUGAUUGUAGUCUUUUUAUCGAGCCUUCUAUUCAUUGAAAUAUCUCCGGCCCAAUCUUUUUGUAAUACGAAUAAUUGAUUACAUGGAUGUGUUUUUAUUUUAUUGAUCAUUAUUUAUGGGCAAUGAACUAAGUUCUACUGCUAUUAUUUUCUGAUGUUUUGGAAGCUUUUGACUCUCUCUCUGUCUCUCUUUUGUCAUCCUGAUGAGUGAGUGGUCUGUUUUAAACAGUGAGAAUGUUCUGCUUUGUUAACCACGAGGGACCCUCUACUGGCCGUAAGAAAGGGUGAUUUUUCUUGAUGUAUAAGGAACAAUGUAAAAGAAGAAAUUCUUAUAGCACUACUUUUCCAAACAUCCUCUGGCAACUCAUAUAAUCAUGAAAGCUGCCAUCAAAUACUGAUUAGAAGAUUAUCUGCAAUCAGUGGAGAAUUUCUUCAUUGUAAAUCAGCACCACCUGUGUAGAUGUUGCUUUUAAAGGCUAAUGCGGUGGGAAGUAGUUGGGGCAUCUUCUGUAGGUUCUAAGAUUACUCGUGGGCGACAUCUUUACAACCAAGAUGAGUUGCUGCUGUUUGAGAAUUAUUCCAUGUGAAAAAUUCUUUUAUUUUUAGGAUUGUGCGUGAUGCUUCAAGCAUGAUGUAUUGGAAUUUUAAGACUUUUGUGUAAUUUGUUUGUAUUAGAUGAAUGUGCUUAUUGGCCAACACUGAAUAUGAUAAUUGUGCUGAUGGAAACCUUGAUUAAGACACGGUUUUAAUGACCCAUUUUUCUUUUGGGUUUGAUUUAUAA